GUAGGAUGAAAAUCUGCAACCAUGAUGCAAGGACUGAAAAACCGAACCAGGAAAGCCCUGGGUUUACGAAAGAAAGACAAGGAUACAGACACAACGAGCUCACCUGACAAAGAAGGAACUGGAAGUGGAAAGAAAGGAAGCAAAAAAGCCAAUGGGGCACCUAAUGGUUUCUAUGGGGAGAUUGACUGGGACAGAUAUGCCUCUCCCGACGUGGAUGAGGAGGGGUUUAGUCUCCGGCCCGGCGACGAGGGCGAUUCAGCUUCCAAAGGAAAGCACUUUUUCUCCUCCAGCGACUCAGAAGACGACGAGGACAGCAAGAAAAAGUUCAAAAUUAAGAUUAAGCCGCUGGUGUCGGACAGUGCCAAAUGUGUCCCUCCAUCUAUGGACGAGCUAAAAGCCUCAGUGGGAGGCCUGGCACUCUCUCCAUCUCUGAAGAGAAGUCCGAGACGCAGCCCGGGACAGAUAAAAAGAAAUUUGUCCUGUGAGGAAAUUGCCAGACCCAGACGCUCCACCCCUAUUCCAAGUCCUGCCCCUGAGAUGCCAAGUGACAGGCUAUCACAGAACGUUCCUGCCUUCUUUGGGCUGCCUUCAGAGACCAAAUAUGCCAGAUACGACGUGGUUCCUACUGAUGUAUGGGGAGAAUCAAGACCACGGUCGGAGUCACAGCUGAGCAGAAGUUUCCCUACAGGAGCUCCUCCUCCGCUUCCUCCAAAAAACAUUCCAUCGAGAAGUCAUUACGGCUAUCCUUCAGACUCCGCUGGUAUCACUGCAGCUGAUCUACCCAAUGGAAGAGCAGCUCGCUGUUCUGCCCCCAUCUACCUGAACGUCCUGUCCCCCGCCUCUUACCGAGGCUCCCCGGGCCCUGACCUGGACGACGUGUUCGGUCCCGUUGACAGCCCCCGCACCAGCGAGGACACAGUGUCACCUAGAUGGGUUACUUUCACAGAUGACAGACCCCCGCCACCAGACGAGCCCGCUCCCCCUCCACCACCGGACUCUCCUCCGCCAGACACGCCCUCAUCCACCCCCUCCACCCCCUGCCUCUCUCCCGGACCGCCGCCAAACGAGCCCCCGCCUUCGCCCCCACCUUUUUCUCCCGGGUCUCCUCCUCCUUUCACGCCACCAGACUCACCCCCCUCCAUUGUGCUCGGACCUCCUCCUCCGGAUGAGCCAGCCCCUCCCCUGCCUCCUGACUUCUCACCCUCUAAUUCGCCCCCGAUCUGCCUCGACGAGGAGGCGAUCGAUGAAGAGGUGCUGCAGUUUGCAGAGUACUCUUCAUCCCCUGCACCCCUCAGCCCCGUGCCCCCUCUGCCAGCAGAGCGGAGGUCCCCUCGGGCAGGAGUCAUCUCUCCCCUGGUCCUGGGGGGCGCAGGAGGAAAGAGGACUCCAGAGGGUGCAUACCUGAGAGAUGAUAUCCCAGACUUUGUUGGCUCACCCAGAGAGAUGACACCAAGCUUCAGAGGAACCCCACCUCCUCUCCCUCCAACCACCUACAGGUCUAUUAUGUCUUCCCCGGGGCCCUACUCAGGCAGCAGUCCCUCGUCUCCAGCUCGUCCUGCCACGCCUCAGUCUCGAGGCAGCCCAGUCCCUCCGCCUCCUCCUCCUCGACCGUCCUCACGACCAAAGCUGCCCCCGGGGAAACCAAUCACAGACCUGACUCGCCCCUUCAGUCCGCCGGUUUCUGGCAGCCCACCGCCUUUUGCCCCCCUGGCCCGGGCAGAGAGCUCUUCCUCCAUCUCCUCCAUUACCUCGCAGAGUGCAGCGUCCACUCCAACCUUAGGGAGGGACCUUAACAUAUCCACCGCAGAGGCCUCACAGCCUCUGGUAUGGUUUGACCACGGCAGGUUUUAUUUAGCUUUUGAAGGAUGCUCCAGAGGACCCAGUCCACUCACCAUGGGACCCCAGGACACUCUGCCAGUGGCAGCUGCCUUCACAGAAACCAUCAAUGCCUACUUUAAAGGCGCUGAUCCCAGCAAAUGUGUUGUGAAGAUCACCGGGGAGAUGGUGCUGUCCUUCCCUGCGGGCAUCACCAGGCAUUUUGCAAGCCACCCGACUCAACCCAUCCUCACCUUUAGCAUCAGCAACUACAGCCGACUGGAGCAGGUCCUCCCCAAUCCACAGCUGCUCUGCUGUGAUUCCACAACAGACAGUGUAGACACCAAGGAGUUCUGGGUAAAUAUGCCAAACUUGAUGAGCCAUCUGAAGAAAGUGGCUGAACAGAAGCCUCAGGCGACAUACUACAACGUGGAUAUGAUCAAAUAUCAGGUGUCAGCAGAGGGGAUCCAGUCCACUCCUCUGAACCUGGCAGUGAGCUGGCGAGGUGAUGCCACCAACACAGACCUAAGAAUAGACUACAAAUACAACACCGAGGCCAUGGCUGCCCCCGUGCCACUACACAACAUCCACUUCCUGGUACCUGUGGAUGGAGGCAUAGCCAAACUCCAGGCCAUGAUCCCACCUGCCACCUGGAAUCCAGAGCAGCAGACGAUACAAUGGAAGAUUCCCAGCCUCUCUCAUAGAUCUGAAAAUGGAGGAGUAGGGGCUCUCCUGGGCCGGUUCCAGAUGACAGAAGGUCCCUGUAAACCCUCCCAACUGGUAGUCCAGUUUACCAGCGAGGGAAGCACUCUGUCGGGGUGCGACAUCCAGCUGGUUGGCACUGGCUAUCGGCUAUCGCUGGUCAAGAAGAGAUUUGCUGCAGGGAAAUAUUUGGCAGAUAAUUAGUGGACCUGUUUGUGAAAGGAAACAAGGGAAUCAAUGGCUUUUUACUGUGAAGAC